CGCAGCGAGGAAAAUCCCUGCAGUGGGGCAAACAGUAAGUGUAAAGAAGCUGUAUUACACGCUGGGAAGGUUUUAUCUUGUAUCAUAUGCGAAGUGACACAGUGUAAGAUUAAAUACAUCUUCGGGAGACGUAUUGCAUCCAUCAUUGGAGAGAACCUUUUCUCCAGCCAAAAUGACAGAGACAAAGCGUCUUGCUUACUCCAUUAUCCAGUUUCUCCACGACCAGCUGAGGUCUGGGGACCUAUCAUCAGAUGCUCAAGAAAGUUUAGAAGUUUCCAUCCAGUGUCUGGAGACAGCGUUUGGUGUCUCUGUUGAGGACCAGAGUUUAGCAGUGUCUGAAACCUUGCCAGAACUAUUUGCAAAGGCCACUGUCAAGGUAGCAGAUACGCCUCAAGUUAAAAUCAACUCGACCAGUAGUCCCCCCACAGAGGAUCAGCUUGCAGAGGCAGAACAACUUAAGAGUGACGGCAAUGACCAAAUGAAAGUAGAAAACUUCAGUGCAGCAGUGGAGUUCUACUCAAAAGCCAUUCAGAUAAAUCCACAGAACGCAGUUUAUUACUGCAACAGAGCUGCAGCGUACAGCAAACUUGGUAACUAUGCUGGAGCAGUUCAGGAUUGUGAACUUGCCAUUGGAAUUGAUCCAAACUACAGCAAAGCCUAUGGACGAAUGGGGCUGGCUCUUGCCAGUUUGAACAAACAUGCAGAGGCCGUGAGCUACUACAAGAAAGCCCUGGAGCUGGAUCCUGACAAUGACACAUACAAAUCAAACUUGCAAAUAGCUGAGCAGAGAAUGAAAGAAACACCCAGCCCAACAGGGGGUAUGGGUGGAGUUGACCUUGCUGGUUUGCUUAGUAAUCCUGGUUUCAUGAGCAUGGCUUCUAAUUUGAUGAGUAACCCACAAGUACAACAGUUGGUGUCAGGAAUGAUGUCUGGAACCUAUGGUCCUAUGGGUAGCACUGGUUCCCCAGCAGCAGGAGCAGCACCAAAUGACCUCUCUGGCCUUAUUCAAGCUGGCCAGCAGUUUGCACAGCAAAUGCAGCAGCAGAAUCCUGAGCUCAUUGAGCAAUUGAGAAGUCAGAUCCGCAGUCGGCCACCAAGUGCUAGUAAUGAAGAACAAUGACACUUGAGUUGCUAAACAAAACCACCAUGGCACACACAGAGAAGACUGGCUGGCUGACUUUCUUUUAUUUUUUUUUUUAAAUAUCUAUUAUUCUUACAACUCCAGGGCCAAGACCAUUUUUACAUCACACUGAGUGCAUGUGUGUCUGGCUUCCUUCCCUGCCUUGCCUGUCUUUAAAGAAACCAGUGUAGCCUAAAGUUUUUAGGUCAUAGCCGGCCACUUAACCUCAGUGGAAGUGUACAGAAAUAUCGCACUGGUUUAAUGUAUGAUUUCAGUGUAACUAAUCCAUGCUAAUGGAUUGAUGUAAAAGAAUCCACUGCUACAUGGACUGGCUGCAGACUUGCAGUAUCGACCCAAAGUGAUUCACUUCUCCAAUAACAGCUGGGUUUAUCUGAUCAGAUGACUUUGUAAGUGAUAUGUACAAUGUCAACAUAAUGGAUAUUAAAUGUCAAAUAGGACCUCAUCUUUGUCAUCCACUGGUAACCACGGCCUUGUUGUAAUGCUUCAGACUUUGUAACACCAGUCAUGCUGUGAUCGUUAUACAGCAGGUUUAUAUAAUGUAAGCAUGACUAUGAGAUCACUACAGUUGUCAUUGGUUUUUGAUUAAAAGUUGGGAGUUUUGCAUCAAA